AUGGCGCGAGUCUACGCCGACGUCAACGCCAAAAUGCCGCGGUCAUAUUGGGACUAUGACUCCGUGGCCAUCUCUUGGGGAGUCCUGGAAAACUAUGAGAUCGUGAGGAAGAUUGGGCGAGGAAAAUACUCCGAGGUGUUCGAAGGCAUUAACGUUGCCAACUAUCAGAAGUGUGUCAUCAAAGUGCUCAAGCCUGUCAAGAAGAAGAAGAUCAAGAGAGAAAUCAAGAUCCUGCAAAACCUGUCCGGCGGCCCCAACAUCAUCGCUUUGCUCGAUGUCGUGCGCGACAGCCAGAGCAAAACACCCAGCUUGAUCUUCGAAAACGUGGACAACACCGACUUCCGAACCCUGUAUCCCCGCUUCGUCGACUACGAUGUGCGAUACUACAUCUUUGAGUUGCUCAAGGCAUUGGACUUCUGUCACAGCAAGGGUAUCAUGCACAGAGACGUCAAGCCGCACAAUGUCAUGAUCGACCAUGCGAAGAGAAAGCUGCGACUCAUUGACUGGGGUCUCGCCGAAUUCUAUCAUCAAGGCACCGAAUACAAUGUCCGAGUGGCAUCGCGGUAUUUCAAGGGCCCUGAAUUGCUGGUGGAUUUCCAGGAGUACGACUAUUCGCUCGACAUGUGGUCUCUCGGUGCCAUGUUCGCAUCCAUGAUCUUCCGCAAAGAACCUUUCUUCCAUGGGAACAGUAAUGCCGACCAACUGGUGAAGAUUGCAAAGGUCCUAGGCACAGACGAGCUUUUCGAGUAUCUCGACAAAUACGACAUCGAGUUGGACGCCCAGUACGACGACAUCCUCAGCAGAUUUCCCAAGAAACCGUGGCAAAGCUUCGUGAACGCCGAAAACCAACGUUUUGUCAGCCCGGAAGCCAUCGACUUCCUUGACAAACUGCUCAGAUAUGAUCAUCAGGAACGUCUUACCGCGCAGGAAGCGAUGGCUCACCCUUACUUUGCACCAGUGAGGACUGCAGCAGCACAGCCAAACUCGCAGAAUCAUGGCUCUUAA